GGUCUCGGAGUAGAUGGGAAGUCUUUGGACGAUCGCACAUCAAAACAUAAAGCAUUUGCGUGCCAACGUAUAGAAAUCUAUGACUAGUUGGAUGGAUAAGUCAAGUUGGAUCAGCCUGUGGGAGGUGGAUAUUCUUCCGAAGUUUAGGGUGUUUGUUUGGCAAGUCUUUGAUAGAAUUCUUCCUACUACGGAAGCGUUGCGUGAAAAGAAAGUGGAAGUUUUGCCUCGAUGUCGGGUGUACUGGGAGGCAUCGGAAACUCUGGAACGUAUGUUCUUGGACUGUCCGGUGGCUCGUGCAUUGUGGGAUCAUUCUGGGCUAGCCCAACUGGGUGAAGGUUUGUCUCGCCAUACUUUUCCGCUCUUUCUAAAGAAAUUGCUGGCUGUGGUGCAUGACCCUAUUUUGGGUAUGUCGGUAGUGGCUGUUCUGUGGCGGAUUUGGCGAUCCCGUAAUUGGGUGGUCUUUGAAGGCAAACAGUUUGGGAUCCCGGCCUUGAUGAGGCAGUUCCACCAACAAGUCCAGGAGUGGAUUGGCUUACCCCGGAACCUGCCUGUUCAGCAGGCGCGCCCACCGGCCCCUAUCGUAAAUGCGGCUGGGACUGACACAGCAAUUUGUAUGUGGGAUGGGGCAGUGCGGCUGGGAUCUCAUGCGGCAUGGGGGAUGACUAUCCUCAAUUCUGCUAGAGAGGUCAUCCUUGCGAAGGGGGUGCAUUUCCCGUUACUUGGUGACCCAAUGAUGGUGGAAGCUCUGGCCCUCCGGGAGGCGAUUGACUGGUGUUUGGCAAAUGGUUUCAAUGUCAUGAGGUUUGAAGGGGAUGCCCAGGUGAUAAUUGAGAAGAUUCUCCGACGGGAUGUUCGAGAUAAUCGGAUAGGGGCGAUUUUGGAAGAGAUUGUCAAUUUGUUUGCUUCAAAUGUAGGGUUCACUGUACGAUUUGUAGGUCGACGUAACAAUAGGGUAGCUCACUUGGUAGCUAGACAUGCCCUGUCUUUGUUCCCGACUACAUGUCGCUUGUUUGAUUUCCAGGCCUGGCUGAAUUCCAGGAUGUAAUGAUCUAUUGAUUUCAACCUAAUGAUUAUCUUUUGUAAAAAAAAAAAAGUAUAGAAAUUUCCAAGGUUCCAGACAUCCCAACGGGCAAGCCAACAAAAAUGUUUCUUAUGUGAAAAUUUGGGCAAAACAAGAAUUUUAGAGUGCCUAUAAAUAGAUGGCCAUUUUGCUAAUGAAUUGUUACAUCUUCU